AAAUUCCGACACGUGCGUAACUGUUGCUAUUUCUAGGUCGUACCACCUUACUGGAAAAUAUUCACUUCCAUACCGUUUUGGGCAUUGUGCAUUCUGCAUUUUGGUAAUUUAUGGGGAUUGUACCUUCAAAUCACUGGAGUACCAAAAUUCAUGGUAGAGGUCAUCGGAUUUAAUAUCAAGGCUUCUGGUGGUUUAGCCGCUUUACCCCAUCUUCUCAGAAUGUUUUUCGGAAUAGGAUUUGGAUACAUAGGCGACAAAAUCAAGUCGAAAAAACUAAUAGGCACUACUUUAACCAGAAAGCUUUUUGUAAUUUUCUCUCAUAUUGUCCCAGGAAUACUGCUGAUGUGCAUGACAUUAGUCAAAUGUGACUACAUAGGAGCUGUUCUUAUAUUAAUCUUCAGCAUGUCCAUCAAUGGAGCAGCUGUAAUAACCAAUUUACAGAAUGCUCAAGACUUGGCACCUAACUUUGCCGGAACUAUUUUUGGAAUUAUCAGUUUGAUAGGUGGUACUACUGGUUUUAUAACACCAGCAGUUACAGGAGCAUUAAUGGCAGAAAAUAACGGUAUACACGAAUGGUCCCAAAACUUUAUUAUCGGAGGCAGCGUCUACGUUGGAUGUGGAUUGUUCUUCAUAUUAUUCGGAACAUCCGAAAUGCAAUCAUGGAACAGUAAAACUCCUGUCAAAGAUACUGAGGAAGGAGUCUCAUUCAAGGAAGUUGACGAGCAGGACGAUGAGAAGCAAAAACCAAACGAAACAACCAAAUUAAAUUCGUAGACUGUUAAGUUGUGCAUUUUUGUGUGAAUGUAUUUAGUGUGAAAUAGUUUAAAGUAUAAAUUAUUUUUAAUAAUAAUAUAAAGACUUAUUAUUUUUA